AUGGAUUUCGAUGACAUUCUGAGGGAAAUUGCUAAGCAGGUCAACAAAAGACAGGAUGUCGAUAAUCUUGGCUGUAAUCUGGGAUUUCUUCCGUCAGAAAUAGAAUCAUACUCUGCGAAUAACAGGAAUGCAUCAUACAUGGGCACGCUACAGAUGCUCCGUGAUUGGAGGAAAAGAACACGUAAAGCAGAAGAACGAGGAUUGUUGAGGAAUGCUCUUAUUAACAUCAGGUUUAUUCGUCUGGCCGACGAGUUACUAAGUGAUGGCGAACAGUUGCAACCGUUGUCUGCUUCAGACCCGCAACCAUCUGCUUCAGACCAUCCCGUCUGCUCCAGACUCCGAACCGUCCGCCCCAGACCAACCAGACUACAAAGAGUGAACCCUGCUGUUUCACGAGGAGUUCCUAAAUCAGCCAAAUAUAUCGAUAAUCUUAGAGCAAGUAUGGAUGAAGAAGAUACAGAGGACUACUCUCCAUUACUAAAGGCUGUAAGGAAUGGUCACCUUGAUGAAAUACAAAGCUUAGUCAGACAAGGGGCGGACGUGAAUCAGGGUAAUGCUGAAGGCACCAUUAACGAUUACAGCAAAAUGAGCAAAUACCGGCAGGCUGGUGUAAAAAAAUACGCGACCGGCAGAGUCGAGGUACUUAUGUUUCUUAUCGAUCAAGGGGCUGAUGUGAGAAAGCAUGUUAAAGGAAACACUGCUUUAGCCUUUGCUGCUCAGUCUGGUCAUCUUGAUGCUAUAAAAUAUCUGAUCAGUCAUGGAGCUGACGUGAAUAAGACAAAAUAUAAUGGAGUGCUUGAAUUACACCUUGCUGCUCAGAAUGGUCAUCUUGAUGUCAUCGAGUAUCUGAUUAGUCAAGGGGCUGAGGUAAAUAAAGGAGAUAACAAAAAUGUGACUGCACUGCACAUUGCUGCUCAGAAUGGUCAUCUUGAUGUCAUCGGGUAUCUGAUUAGUCAGGGGGCUGAGGUGAAUAAAGGAGAUUACAAAGAUAUGACUGCCUUACAUAUUGCUGCUCAGAAUGGUCAUCUUAAUGUCAUCGAGUAUGUCAUUAGUCAAGGAGCUGAUGUGAAGAAGGGAAAUGAAAUUGGUGAGACUGCAUUAUACAUUGCUGCUCUGAAUGGUCACCUUGAUGUCAUCAAAAGCCUGAUCAGUCAAGAAGCUGAAGUGAAUAAAGGGACUAACAAUAGUUGGACUGCAUUGCAUAUUGUUGCUCAGAAUGGUCAUCUUGAUAUCGCCAAAUAUUUGAUUAGUGAAGGCGCUGUGGUCAAUAAAGUGGAAAACAAAGGUCUAACCGCAUUACACAUUGCUGCUGAGGAUGGUCAUGUUGAUGUCGUCAAAUAUCUGAUCAAUGAAGGAGCUGAGGUGAAUAAAGGAGAUAACAAUGGUUUGACUGCAUUACACUACGCUGCUCAGAACAGUCAUCUUGAUGUCGUCAAAAAUUUGAUUAGUCAAGGGGUUGAGGUUAAGAAGGAAAAUAACAUUGAUGGGACUGCAUUACACAUCGCUGCUCGGAAUGGUCAUCUUGAUGUCGUCAAAUAUGUGAUCAGUCAAGGUGCUGAGGUGAAUACAGAAAAUAACUAUGGUCGGACUGCAUUAUACAUUGCUACUGAGGAUGGUCACCUUGAUGUAGUCAAAUAUCUGAUCAGUAAAGGGGCUGAGGUGAAUCAAGGAGAAAACAAUGGGUGGACUGCGUUACACAUUGCUGCUCAAAAUGGUCAUCUUGAUGUCGUCGAAUAUCUGAUAAGUAAAGGGGCUGAGGUGAAGAAAGGGACUAACAAUAGAUGGACUGCAUUGCAUAUUGCUGCUCAGAACGGUCAUCUUGAUGUCAUCAAAUAUUUGAUAAUUGAAGGCGCUGUGGUCAAUAAAUUGGAAAUAAAAGGUCUAACUGCAUUACACAUUGCUGCUGAGGAUGGUCAUUUUAAUGUCGUCAAAUAUCUUAUUAGUCAGGGUGUUGAGGUGAAUAAAGGAAAUAACUAA